AUGGAGGACAUGUUAUUGGACAUUGAAAGAGGUUCUUACUCACUAGGGAAUGUUCCCAAGAAGUUCUUGCACAACCAGAAAGGAUGCAACAGAAUACUCGGAUACAAAUGUGAGCUUUGUGAGAUGGAGAAGGAUGUUCAGAAGACGUCAGAUAUCCAGAAUUCUAUAAAGAAUCUCAAAAUCGAGAACACAAAUGAGUCGGGUUCAAAACAAUACUCACAACCGGCUCUCUCGGCUCCAAAAGAAAAGUGCUCAAAAUCUUCUGCAGUUCUCGUCGAAACUCAAAAUGAGCUGAAGGAGGAGGAGAAGAAGACGGUGAAUACAGAGAAAAAUCUGAGUGAUCUGAAGAAACAAUACGAUAUUCUUGUGCAGUCUGAAGCCCAGAAGACAGAGGAAUUGGCUAAAAUGAAGGAGGAAUUGAGUAAAGAGAAGGAGAAGAGUGAUGCAAUAGAACCGGCUCUCUCGGCUCCAGAAGACUGUGAAAAGUGCUCAGAAUCUUCUGCAGUUCUCGUCGAAACUAAAAAUGAGCUGAAGGAGGUGGAGAAGAAGAUGAUGAAUACAGAGAAAGAGCUGAGUGAUCUGAAGAAACAAUACGAUAUUCUUGUGCAGUCUGAAGCCCAGAAGACAGAGGAAUUGGCUAAAAUGAAGGAGGAAUUGAGUAAAGAGAAGGAGAAGAAUCAGGAGAGAGAAGAGGAGAUUCUGAAGGCCUCAAAGGAAAAUGAAGAACUUCAGAAGACAAUUAUCAAGUUGACUGCUGAAAAUGAGGCGAAUGAGAGAAAUCGGACUACAACUGCUUCUGUCACAUCUCAAAAUGCUCCAAUCGUUAUCGAUUGUCUCAUUUGUUCCAGUCAAAUCAAAUCGGGACAAGAAGUCAUCAGAUGUCCGCUGUGCAAACGAAGAUUCCAUUCAAAUUGUGCAUUCAAAUGGCGCAAAGACCACACUCAAUGCCCGGCAUGCAAUGGAGAUCUCCCUGGAAUUUAA